AGAGAGAGAGAGAGAGAGAGAGAGAGAGAGGGGAAGAGGAGGAAGGGAGGGGGCUCUCGACGAUGAAGCUGUGGAAACGAGCCGCCGCCGCGAUAAAAGACCGUAAAAGCCUAUUAGCGGUCGGAUUCUCAAAGCGAACUUCACACCACAACUUAGACCUCGAAGCAGCCAUCAUCAAAGCCACCUCCCACGACUCCUCCUCCGUCGACUACUCCAACGCUCACCGCGUCUACAAAUGGAUCCGAUCUUCUCCUCAUCUCAACCUCAAGACGCUAAUCCACACCCUCUCCUCCCGCGUCAGCCACACGCGCAGCUGGAUCGUCUCCCUCAAAUCCCUUAUGCUCCUCCACGGCGUUAUCUCCUGCAAACUCCCCUCCGUCCUCGGAGAGCUCCGCCGUCUCCCUUUCGACCUCUCAGAUUUCUCCGACGGGCAUUCGUGCCUCAGCAAAACAUGGGGGUUCAACAUCUUCGUCCGUGCUUACUUCGCCUUCCUCCAAAACUACGCUUCAUUCUUAUCCGAUCAGUUCCACCGCCGCCCCGCGAGUAGAAGAUCUUUUGAGCUGGAAAGGAUCCAGAAACUGCAGUCUCUUCUCGAUUUGAUUCUACAGAUACGUCCCAUUGCUGAUAACAUGAAGAGGACGUUGAUCCUAGAAGCGAUGGAUUGUAUUGUGAUCGAGAGUAUCAACAUCUACGGUAGAAUAUGCAGCGGCGUCAUCAGAAUGCUUCCUAGUUCAGGUAAAGCAGACGCCGCUGCGACCUUAAAGAUCAUCAAUAAGGUAACGUCUCAGGGAGAAGAUUUAGCUGUCUACUUUGAAUUUUGCAAAGGAUUUGGCGUCCCGAACGCGAGAGAUACUCCUCAGUUCGUUAGUAUACCAAAGGCGGAAGUAGAAACAAUCAAGAACAUGAUUGAGAACGUUGAAGAAGAAGUAGUAGAGGAAGAGAAAGCUAUGGUGGUUUUGGAGAAACCGAGAUUGGAGACGAUCAUCACAGAGAAAUGGGAGAUUUUCGAAGAUGAUGAGUGUUGUUUCCAUGAAAAGGUGAUUAAAGAAUAUCAAAAGCAUCCUCUGCCUCUUAUAGUAUCGUACCAAGAACCAGUUUAUAUCGAGUACAUGAUGCCAGAUUUGAUUACGUUCUAGUGAAGACACAACAAACAAUCUGGAUGAGAUUGAACUUGUCUUGUCUUUUUUUUUACCUUUUCCCUGGUUCUGGUUCUGUACAUAUACACAAUUUUUACCAGUAUCUUGAGUAAAAACUCAAAAGAGAUCAAGUGGUACAUUUUGAGAUA